AUGAGGAAACAUAGAGAUCAAAACAUAAAUUUUCCCCCCCACAUUGGUACAGUCCUUGAUAGUCACAGAAGAGGCAUAAGCUUAAGAAGACUACAAGCUCCCACAUCCCUGCGGUGGAACAAACCUAGAAUGAACAAAACUUUGGCUUCUGAUAGGAUGCCUGUGGACAUUCCUCCAAACCAAAACCAAAGUACCCUAUUGGGAAAGACAGAAAUAUCUAGCACCCUGAAAUAUCUACUAGACAAGCUGCAGAAAUUCCUGAAGGAGAAUUUAGAAGCACUGGGGGUGGCUCAGAUUAUGAUUGGUGUGAAAUGCUUCUUUUAUGGGAUAAUUGGAUUUCUUCCUCCUAAUUCUGAAAUGCACAGAAUCAUUUUCUUCUCAAUUUACACAGGCUUCUCCUUCUGGGGGGCAUUGUCUUUUAUCAUUUCUGGAAUUCUGACUGUUGUGUCUGCCAAGAAGCAAACAAAAUCACUGCUGAGAGGGAAUCUAGGUGCUAACACUCUUAGCACCUUGGUCUCCUUUGUUGGGAUCUGUAUUCUGUCACACAAUUUAACAAAAAAUGGCCACUAUGAUUGCAAGAAGGAAGCUCUCUGUUUGGGCAUCAAACCAGUUGCAACUGAACUUGUGAUUGUCCUAAUUAUCCUAACUUGUCUGCAAAUUUUAAUUUCACUUCCUCUCUCCAUGCUCAACUAUAACGUGAAUGACAAGGAUAUUCACUGGAUUUCUAUAUUGUUUCGCUGGCAAACACCUUCUGAAAGUAUUUACGAAGAAGUGUUCCCUCAAACUUCAAUCAAUCAAGAACUUCAACGUAAGAAAGAAACAACUUCACGUUAUCCUGCAGAUACUAGCAAACAAACAUGA